UGUGUUGUUUUCUGGAUGAUUUGACGCCUCUGCUAACGAUUCCCGUCGUGUUAGAGGGAACCACUUCUGGAUUUUAACGUUUUAAACCGAGACAUAUGUGAGCUCCCGAGCGGCACUAAGAAAAAAAACAUCGUUUGACAGCCAACCGUAAUUGACGGAGCUGUGAACGUUGCUGUCUAUUCACAUAAGCUCGUACCCGCCAGCUAGCUGCCUGUUAGUUAACGAUGCGGCCAUAUAGCACGUUUCAUUCAUUGUGGCUAACGCUAGCUUUGUAGUGGCGGCUCGCGCUCACCUGAGCAGGUUUCGGUCUACUUCGUAACGUUUGCUAACGCUGCUGCUCGCUGCUGCUCGCUGCUACAGUCAGGCUUUAUCUUCUGUUCAACGGACGGAUAACUGGCUCGUCAGCUCGUCUGCAAAGUAUAUUAGGUGAACAACGUUAGGUUCGCUUUCACUGACUGUUAUGGACUUUGAAGAGAAAGCGAGGGCAGUGGCUGACUGCUUGAUGAGCUACAAGAGGGAUGAAUCCGGGUGGAAAGUCUGCAAGAAAUCGAAUGACGUGGUUGUGUCUUGGCGUCCUUCGUCUGAGUUCCCGGGGAAUGUUUAUAAGGGGGAGGGUAUUGUCAGUGGCAGCGUGGAGAAAGUGUGGGAGUGUCUGAAACCAGUACCCAACGGGCUCAGAGUCAAGUGGGACAACAAUGUCAAAAAGUUUGAGCUUUUGGAACAAAUCACAGAGGACAUCUCUAUCUGCCGAACAGUCACGCCCUCAGCAGCUAUGGGUAUCAUAGCUCCACGAGACUUUGUAGAUGUUAUUUUAGUUAAGCAAUACGAAGAUGGCACCAUUUCAUCAAAUGCCACCAACGUGAAUCACCCGGGCUGUCCUCCCCAGUCUGGCUACGUGAGAGGGUUCAACCAUCCAUGUGGUUGCAUCUGUGUCCCCAUCUCAGGAGAGCCCAACAAAACCCAGGUGUUUAGUUUCUUCCAGACGGACCUGGGCGGCUUCCUCCCUCGCUCCGUGGUCGACUCGUUCUUCCCCUCCAGCAUGGCCGAGUUCUACGGCAACCUGACCAAGGCCGUCAAAUCCCUCAAGGACCUUUGACACCAAGAGUUAAGAAAUCUGUGUUCAGACCUGAGGUCUACUGACAAGUCAGGCCAAAAGUUCAUUCCAUUUUACACUGAGAUUAUCAAACUAUCGCUUAUUUCCAAUAGAUCUAAUCCACGAUUUAUGUUUAAUGUGCAUUCCUAUAUUCCUGUGUUACUGCAGGAGAAAUCCAGUAACAGUCAACCCCCUCAUUUGAAAGCGGUCUAAAUAUUGAAAAUUCCCAAAAUAAGAAUGAGGGCUUGCUCUUGAUAAAAUGAAAAUAGAUGCAAAAUCUAUAUUUAUACAUGUGCUAAAAGUACAGAACAUUUAGACUUUUUACCAGAAUGAUAAGACACCGCCAACAUUUUCUCUGCUUAUAAUUGCAUACUUCAGUGUGUACAGUAAACAUGCAUGUUGCAUGGACCUUAUUUACCCUAUGCUGGUAUCAGAUUAUUGGUUUGGAGUACUACUGACUCAUACCUCAUAUUUAGUUGUUUGUGUUGUACUUGAAAUGCCAUAGUUUUGCUCAUCUCCACUUAACUGUAAACCAUGAAUAUCUGCCUCUUUUCUCAGCUACACUGAAGCACAGGUGGGAUGGCACCGGUGGCCUUUUUAAACAAAGGCAGCUUUUUUUUUUUUCUAAAAGAACGCCUUUUGAACGUGACAUGUUUAGUGCUGCUCUGUUGAGCUGAAAAGUGUCCUCCCCUUUUUUUCACGGCAUUGGUUUCUGAAGGACAUUUCCCCUUUCUUUUUCUUCACACACACAAUAAGAUCCCAUGUAACAUACAUUUUCAGAUACAAUAAGAUACACGAUUGUGGUAAAAUAACACGAUUUAGGAUAUAAAAUAAUGCGAUUGCACUAAUAGGCUGAUGUUUUCAAGACAUCGGGCUAUUUUAUUUAGUAGGUGGUACUGUAAAAGUGAGUACUGGGAAGAAGUGGUGCACUUAUGAGCUUUGUUCCUCUCAAUAUGAAACGGUUCCACUGCAUAAUUAUGGAUCAAGGAUCAAGGUACGUUAGUCUUAACCUGAUGGGAGUCAAAAGGAGACACCGUUAAAGUGAAAAUGAUACAAAAAUGCACCGAUAUAAUGUUUCUCAACAAUAUUAUGGGUACAGUAAGGUAGACUGAAGCUCUUUAUUGCUUCAGUCUACAUUGGUCAGAUCCAUUUUAAUGUCCUUUCUUUAUUUGGGGCUAGUCCCUUUAUUGAAAAACACAAAAAGAACUCACUGUUGUGAAUACUUAAAAGUCUAGUUCUAUGUUAGGAGAUGGGUUUCUGAUAAAUUAAAAGAAAAAAAAGUUUCUAGUUUUAUUUAGUUUCCGUCCAGCUUGUGUGUGUUGUACGAUUAUCUCUGAGCUAAACUGUCUGUCAGUGGAGUCUGGUGGGCCACAGUGCCCAAUUUGUUUUGCUCUGAGAUGCUGGAGUUCUAGUGCGACAGCUAGUGGCAGUGAAGUUUGUUUAUAUAACCUUUUAAGUAAAUUUUUUAUUAAACUUACUUACUUUUACUUAAGUAAUGUUUUAAAUGCAGGAUUCCUUAAUGGAGUAUUUAUACAGUACUGUUUAAGGUUUAUACUGGUAUUAGUACCAGUUUUAGUACUUUUAAUACUUCACCACUGCCUUUGUUAGAUAAGACAGUCAGUUUUAAGCCUAAAGAUUCCUCUGUAAACACUAGUGUGGCUUCCUGAGAAAAGUAAAAGCAUGAGCUCCUGACAAAAUGCAGAAGAAAGAAAAUCAAGACUGAAUCAUGUUAACAUUAAAAGAAGCUCAUCCCGCACACCUUUUUAAAUAGUUACUAAAUGAUGGAUUUGCUUUCCAUGUGUUGGGAUAUGUUGUAGUAGUAGUCAGUUUGUUAAUCCAGUUCCAGUAUGUACAUGAUAUGUCCAGUUAGUCCAGUUUUAUUGUAAAGCGACCUCACUUUCUUGACACUGUAGUCCAUCAUAGUUCUGUAUGGGGGGAAAGAAAUGAGGAAAUGUCCUUGUGGAACUUGAAGGGGCCAUUGAUCAGAGUAUUUCCACUUAGUCUUUAGUUCUUACUCAACACUUUAGGACACAUAAUAGUAGUAAUAAUAAUAAUAAUAAUAAUAACUAGACAGAGGUCCAUCCACACUGAGCAUUGGCUUUAUUUAUAUCAUGUCUUGUUUUUGAACGUAAAGACUCUUUCAGGUCCUCUGUAACUGCACACUAAUAUCAAAGCUUGCAGCACUUGAAAGAAACAUUCUAAAAUCAUGUCUGUAUUUAAUAACAUAACAAUGUAAAAGUUGCUUCCGUAUUAUAUUUACUUAAAUAUUAUAUACGAAAUAUACAAAUGUUAGUUAUUCCACAACUGCCAGAAUCCUCUUCAGGUAUUCAGAAAAAAACAGGCAUCACCUCAAAUGUACUGUACUCAUUUCAGUCUUCACACACUGAGGCUCACCAUGGUAUGGAAUAAGAACUUGCACAUAUUGUAAGCCUUCCCUUCAUCACGGUUGAAGUGGACAGUUCCUUAAUGAUAACCGAGGGAUUUUCUCAGAGUCAAUUGGAUUAAAUGUAUUGCUUGAACAUGAACUUGAACUUCAUGAAGAAAUCCCUCAGUGAACGAAUAAAGCCGAGUAUGUGAGUCAGGGAAGGCCGGAUGAAAGAUUUGAUUAGUGUGUUGCUCUACCCACUUUCUCCAGAGCCUUCAUCUGUAUGAUAAGCCAUAAACUGUAGGAUGACAUGUUUUAACCAGUCUUUUUUAGGAGUAUCAGGAUUCCUUUACAAACGUUUUGGCGCUUUACCUGUAUCAUGUUUUUACCUCACAGUGUAGCCAGUAAUCUUAAUGAAAGACCUCUUAACCACAUCCCACCAGUUCCAAACCAUGUGAGAUUGAGAUGUUAUUGCUUCCAUGUGGAUCUACAGGCAUUUUCAUGUGUGUGUUGUUUAAAUGGAGCCAGAAGGUUUUUUUUAUGUGCAACUGUCAGCGUACGUAUAGGUAGCUGCUAAAGUAGAAUAAACAAUUCAUGAGGAGCACAAAGUGAAAUCAAUCAAUUUUGCAAUUCUGCAUGCAUUCACACAUGCAAUAACCUUAAGAUACAGAUCUUAUGUACAUUCUAGAUGGAAAUGGGUUCCUUGUCCAGUUUAUAGGAAGCGUCUGCUGGGUUAUCUGCAGAAUCACCAGCAGCUUUUUCACCAGAUUUCUACUCAUUUCCAAUCUAGAGCUGUAACCAUUAGUCAAUUAAUCGAUUCAAUAUCAACUAUUAAAUUCAACGCUAAAGAAAAACUGUCUAAAUGUUUUUGGUGUCAGCUUCUCAAAUGUGAAUAUCUUCAGUCCAGUAAACGUAAUAUCGAUUGGGCUAAUGCUCUCGAUUGUUUACAAAACAAGACAUUUGAGUAGCUGAUAUAGUAACCUAAUAAUUAACCACAUCUAACAUAGACAUCACUAUUGGUAACAACAACAAACAACAGUUCUGACUCUUCAAAUGUUUGUUUUUUUCGAGUGAAUCAAAAACAUAAAACAUUAUUUGGCUUUCACAGAACAUAAAUCAAACAUUUUGCAUAAGAAUUCAAAAUAAAUUAUUAUUUUCAACCAAUAAUUCAUCUGCUUUAAUUAUUGGAAUAAUGCAUAAUAUGCAUUUCCCAUUAUCGCAUCCCAUUAUUAUAUCUCUGCUUCUGAGGAUGGACUUUGGGAAACAUUGAUCAACAUUUUCUGACAAUUUAUAGACCAAACAAGUAAUCGAUUAAUUGAAAAAAUGAUCGACAGACGAAUCAAUAAAAAUAAUUGUUGUGUUGAGCCAUUCUCUGAAGCUGUAAGCUGAAGUCCUGUGACGACAGCAAACAACUGGAAAAUAGAUUUUUCUUGAAAAUUGGCUCAACCUAAACAAAUGGAGCAGCCUGGGAUUCUGUAUUGAUUCACCCUUUGUGCAUUCUCUGACCUCAGUGAACUUUGUAUCCACCAUGAGGAGGCGGUCAUAGAGCAUGUAAACUAUGGCAGCCAGUCCUGGUUCAACCCUUUAAGUAUUAGAUAGUGACUGUGAUGGCGUUUUUGACCACCAAUGAGACCAAAUACCCAAAGUCUUGUGUUCUGUGAUUGAGAUACCAAUCCAAGGUUCCCUGUGUGCACUGUUCUGGCAACCAACAACCAGCUCAGACAGUUCUUGUCUCCUGUGUUACACUAGUUCAGUGGUUCUCAAGGUUCUAUUCUUUCUUCAGAAGUGGAAAAAAAGUUCACGCCCUCCACCCCACAGUGUAUGACCAAUGUAAGCAACUAAAACAGGAUCCAGGCUGAAUUUGAAUUUGAAAACUGUUAUUAAACUGUUAUUUUCCUGCAUAAAUUACAUUAAUUCAACCUAGUUUUACUCCAUAUUUCCCCCUGGUCAUCCCUGCCCCCCACAGUUUAAGAACCACUGUACUAGCUGCAGGUUGUCCGGAACGGAAGAGUAUUAGGGCCACGUGGAAAAUGUAUUUGGUUUCUAAGUUGUAAGUUAAAAAUAAAAGUCAGAAUUGUGACACAUGGGCCUAAUCCUCUUCCGUAGUCUGAAGAGCACGUCGUCUUGGGUAAUUUAAUGACUGGCACAACAGAAUAUGUAUAUUGAUCCAUGUCAAAUGUUUAUCAUUUUAAUCAUCGUACUGAGAGCAACUGCUACUGUUCUUGAGUUUUACAUGUCUCGUCAGAACACAUGAAACUGUUUACCUUGUACUGUUUCUGCACCCAGUUAGUUUUGUAUUUCACCAGCAUUAAAAGGAUUAAUAGGAA